AAGACGACGAGGCGACUACAGACGAAAACUCACUUGAACCAGAAGAACCAAAAGGGAGAUCUACUCCUUCUUAAGUGAUUAUGGAGGGGGAUGAGAUAGAGAUGACCGUGGAGGAGCUCCAAAAGUGGAUCAGAGGGAAGGUAAAGAAGAAUGAGCCGAUCUCCACAGACGUGCUAGAGAGCUGCAAUCUGCUGCAGUCUCUGCUGGAAAGGAGGGAGAAGCAAGCUGCCCACCUCCUGAAGCUCUAUGAGUCCGUGGCAGCAUGUGAAGCGAUUGUGAAGAAACAAUACUCUUUGCUGGGGUGGGAUUACAGAGACACCGAUUCUGAUGAAGAUGAUAAUAUUACUGGGGGUGGAAAUACACCUCCAUCACAACGUGAGCCUGACGUGACCGUCUACAGACAUAAUGGCAAAAAAAUCUGUAUCAAUCUGAAGAGGAAACCAGUAGUGGUCUUGACCAGACUCCCUCCAUGGAAGAUCAGUUCCUUACAUCCACCAGUGCCUCAGGAUCACGACAGUGAAGAUCAAUCCUCAAACAAUGUGGAUUCUUAUAUGCAGUGGGGAGCAGAUGAUGACUCAAGUUAUAAUAGUUGUUCAAACAAGAGGAGAAAAAUAGAUCAAAAGAAUGAGAAACGUGCCAAGAGUCACGCAACACCCAAAGCCAGUAAAGAUACUGGUUCUACGAGCAACGCAGCAAGAACCUCAACACCCAAAGCCGGUACAGAUACCAACACUAAGAACAACACAAUGAAAAUGUCGACGCCGCCAACAAACACCAACGCCACCAAGACCCAAGACCCUCCGAAUAUGUCACAAGGAAGAAUCAGUGUGAACAUGAAUGUCCUGGCCAGAAGGAGGGCCAUGAGCUGGCAACAGGGGAAAAUCGUGGAAAUAUUAACAAGAGAAGAUGGCAGGUUAAAGUACAAGAUCCAUUUUGAGGAUAAGGGGAAGAGCCUAGUCUCUGGUCACCACAUUGCCUUUGACUCCAUGCCAAAGCAGGAGCAGCUGUUCGUCGGCGCUCGUGUGGUGGUCCAGUGUAGGGCUGAAACGCCCUGGUUCCUUCCUGGUAUUGUGGCAGAGCUGCCCAGCCGAAAAAACCACAUGAGGUUCCUGGUCUUUAUUGAUGAUCACACGCCGGCCUAUGUUGGCUUACCUUUACUUCACCUGGUGUACACGCCAUUGGCGGACCCUUUGGACGAUAUUCUAGAUGACGCCCACAAGAAUUUCAUGAGGGAAUAUAUGAAGGUCUGGCCUCAUUUGCCCAAGACCCAGUACCAGAUUGGACAGUCAAUUCAUGCAGAAUUGAAUGGAGUCCAGCAGAGGUGUGAAGUGCAGGUGGUCGACUGCAGCUUGAUACAAGUUGUUUUUCAGAACGAUCACCAUAAGGAGUGGAUCUACCGAGGCUCCAUGCGCUUGCAGCACAUGACUAAUGUGAAGAAGAAUUUGGAGUUAAAAAGGGAGGGGCAGAAGAAUAAACCUACCACCGUCAGAAUGGAAUCAUCACAGUCGCCACACUGAUGGGACCAUGAAUGUGUCACGAGAGCUGGGUGCCAUGUUCAAAGAUGGCGGCCCUUGCAUUCAGUGACGGUUGCUUAUCAGGCGCAUUGACUGAAAAAGGUUUCGGGGCCUUCUGCAUUCUGGGGCCGUAGAGCAUCUGCACUUGAGUUCUUCUCUGGCCGAGCCGGUUGAGAUCAUGCAUGUUAUCGCAGUCUCUCAAUAGCCAGUGUGGCUGUUCCAGGGGAUGCUGCUGCCUCUGGCAAAAAUCCCUCCAGAUCAGACGUGCUUGAAAGUUCUGCCGUGCAUCAGAGCAUGUCACUGUGGACAGUGGUAUUUCUUCAUGCCUGGGACCCUGUAUGUGUCACGUGACCUGAAAUGUGGUGGUCAUGUCAAGUCAUGGUCAGGAUGACAAAAAUCGCCUCAGGAACAACAUGGGACUGACACAUUCACUGCUCUAGGUUCCACCUCAUUGGAGUGGCUGAAAACUGUCAAAAUAAUGUAUUAUUUGUUAAGAAGUGUAUUUUUAUUACACUGUAUGUGUUCCUAAUGAAAAAUAAA